CGUUCUUUGCAUGCAUGGUGAUUUGUAGCCGUGGUCUUGCCGUGGUGAGCGCCGUGGGAGCAGAAACUCAAGGGUUGAAGGUGUUUCUUCGGCGCUUGGUAAAUCACAUUCUGGCAAACCAUGCUCGCCAACGCUAUUUCUCGACUGCCCUUGAAUGUCCUUCGCGCUACUGAAUCUCCAGUUGCUCAGCGCUUGGUGACAAACACAUUCAGGACAGCACAUUCUCUCGCCCUUGUGAGUACCUCUCGUGCCGGCGUGCCGGCGCUAAAUCGGCUCUCUCGGCCACCACGGGACGUCGCCGGUCACAUUUGGGAAAGCCGACGUUACGCCGGGCACAGCCACUGGCAAAACGUCCGUCACAUCAAGGCAGCCAAGGACGCACAUAAAAUGUCCAUGACGGACAAGUACAUGCGCCAGAUCGAAGUCGCUGUGAAAGCCGGCGGCGGGAGCCCAGAUCCUAAGCUAAACCGCGCGCUGGCGAACGCGAUCGAGAGUGCGAAGAGAACGCAGGUCGUAUCCAACGCGAGCAUCGAGCAAGCGAUACGACGGGGAGCUGGCGUCGACAAGCCGAAGAACUUGAAGAAUGCAAACUAUGAAAUCAUUAUGGAGCAUGGUGUGCUCCUUAUUCUAGACGUCGAGACGGGAAACAUAAGCAGGUUCGGGAACGAACUGAAGCAGAUCCUCAAAAAGCACACGUGCAGACAAGCGCGAGGCGGUGUCAAGGAACAGUUCCAGCAGAAGGGCUUCGUGCGGGUAUCAGGUCGGGAGGACGGCGGCACCUUGGACCCCGACGCUGCCCUUGAGGUGGGCAUCGAGCACGGCGCCGAAGACGUGAUCGAGAUCGACGGCGAGUCCAAGAUGUGCGAGUUCCUAUGCGACCCUAACGACUACUUCGCCCUUUCUAAAGCGCUGUCCUCCAACGGCUACGUGAUUGCCGAGUGUGGCCUCAAGUUCGUACCCCACGUACCCAUCACUGUCCCUGAGGAACACUUGCAAGUAGUCGGUAAACUUUGCGACGAGCUUGAGGCGCACUCCGACAUCGUCGCGGUUCACACCAACAUCGCGUAGCCUUUAAAAUGGAAGGUGAAUGUUAAAUAUGAUUCAAUCUAUGAAAACUUCUGGUUUGCAAGGAAGCCGUGUACAUAAACUUACUACUCAUUUCAUUAAGAGCAGUGUGCUGUGCUGUUGCAUGUCACCUUCUCGGUACAUUUAGACGUCACGGAAUAACUGCCCAUGUUGAUUUUAAUUAUUUGUGCCUCAAUUAGCCAAAAGUUAUGUGCCAGUGUUCAAUGAAAAAUGUGGGCUUGUUACACGCUAGCUCUACUCUUGAUCUACAUUGAGGGGCUGUAGUUCCUGUAUGGAAGUGAUAUGCAGAAUUAUGUUGUAGAUAAUCAUGUGGAAAGAACAAGCAUGACUUGGAAGAGAUACAUUGAAGCUCAAACCACUGCUGCACCUGUCCACGUUAAUAUCUGUUCAGUUUUGUCAAACUGUGCUGUAAUAUCUACUAAACUUAUUUCACAACAUGCUGUGCUGUAAUGAAUUGCCUCAACUGCACAGGUUAUGCCUUGAAAUGUAAUGUUUCAUUCUAUAAAGCAUAUAACAGGUCAGCAAUAAAUGUAAAGAGAGCAUUGUGGUCUGCAGCAAUAUUCCAUUUUCAACUUGUUGAAAUGCAACAAAGGUUUCUGCAGUCAAUGAAAUUAGGAGCACCCUUACAUUUAUUUACAUGCUUAUCUCUUUAAACUUGCUCAUACCUUUCACAUUGUUUUAUUUAAAUACCAUUUACAAAGGUAUUU